GUCGCCAUGGGUCAGCAGGGAUCUAAACAACCGGAGGCCCGAGUUCUCCUCUUGGGCCUGGACAACGCCGGCAAAUCGACCCUCCUCUACAAACUGAAAUUUAACUCAUAUGUUAAUACCGUUCCUACCAUAGGUUUCAACGUGGAAAUGAUUGAGGCAAAGAGGAGCAAGCGGAACAUCGCCUUAACCGUGUGGGAUGUUGGUGGCCAGGGACAGAUGCGCCAAUACUGGAAGAGCUUCCACCAGGACACAGCGGCUGUGGUAUUCGUCGUGGACAGCUCCGACACCCAGCGUCUGGACGAGGCCCGUCGGGAGCUGGAAAACACACUGAGGAGUGACCAACUGCGGGGACGCCCAUUGGUCGUCUUCACCAACAAGCAGGACGUCAACGGGGCACUGACUGUCACGGACAUCACGGAACGGUUUAACCUCAGGAAGAUUUGUUCAGAUCGGAACUGGUUCGUUCAGCCUUGCUCUGCCUCAACAGGCUUUGGGGUCGAAGAGGGCUUCCAGCGGGUGGCCCAAAUGCUCAAGCUCCCAUCAGACCCAGGGAUGAUGAUGAAAGACAAUUUCAGAGACACAGUGCAUUAUCUCAGAUCGAUGUCAACCUCAACAAAGGGUGCAGAGUAG